UGGCCCACCCGGAUAACAUGGAGUCCAGCCUGGAGUCCAGCCUGGCUCCGGCGUCCUCCUCCAACCGAACACCAACUUACCCGGAGAUGACAUCCGAAACGCCGUGCACAGAAACCGCUUAGGAGGCGCUAUCUAAAGCCUGAUCCAGAUAUGACCGACGGUGCAUGAACACAGAGCUUUGAUCCUGCAAACCGGGCCGUCUUCCUUACCUGGCGUACAGGACGCUACAGGAUGUAGGCCAGCCGCCGGGCAGAGGGACUCAGCACGGUCCUCCGGGGACCAUGGAGCCAGAGGGCCCCCGAGUCGCCCCAGGGAACAGCUGUGGCCCCCCGGGCGACCACACCGGCUCCAGCCGCACCGCAGAGGUUUCUGGAUCGUUCAGCGCUGGAGAGGAGAGGAUGUGUAACAGCAGCUCACCGUGGCCGGGGACGGCGGGAGAGGAGGUGGGAGAAGCAGACCAGGGGAGAGACCACCCGGGGAGAGACCUGGGGAGAGACCAGGGGAGAGGGGGGUCCCCCAGGAGGUCCAUCCCCCCCUCCCUCACCUGGGACUCAGACUCAGAGAAGGAGACGGUAGACGAGGAGGAACUUCAGCACUUUGCUAACCCCCACGGCCUGGCCAAUCACAGUCCAGGACACACCUCCUCUGGGCUCAGGCCGGAUGGGCAGCAUGACCAAACCCCUGCACACACGCAGCACUUACCAGUAGAGAGGGACAGAGAGGGUCCCAUAGACACGUCUGACAGUAACCCGAGGGGCACCAGGACCCAGGAGCCAAAUAUGUCCCCGCCGGGGCAGCCACCCGGGACACAACGAGUGGGGGGCGGUGUCUGGAAGGUGCCAGACCCCCCAGAGCCAACCAGAGUGAAACCAAAGGGCCGCUGCCAAACCCAGAGCGAGGAGGGGGGGGAGAGGCCUGGCGAGGAGGGGGGGGUCCACAGCCAGGUGAAGCACAAAGCGCCCGGGGGCCAAGCCAAAGAAGCGUCCCCAGACGUGUACUCCUUCCCCGGGGACUCUGACGCCGAGAGCCCCCCUCCGGCGGCCUGGGCCCAGUGCUCCUUCACCCAGCGCCGCAGGAGGAGGAAGGCCCUGCUGAGACCCUUCUCCGGCCUGGCCGGACCCCCGCCGGGAGGGGCGGCGGGCCCCGGGAGGAGGACCGCGACCCCCCAGGGGGCGAACGCUGUUGGCGACGAGGGGAGGAGUGCCGGGGAGAAGGAGGGAGAGGAGAUGCUGAAGGGAGGGGAGGAGAACAUUGGAGGAGAGGAACCGGAGGAGGAGGAGGAGGGCGGCCACCACGAGGAGGACGGCGGUCCGAGUCGAGACAUCUUCACCUGCGUUGAAUGUAGCAUCUACUUCCAGAAGCAGGUCCAUCUGCAGGAGCACAUGUCGGAGCACGUCCAGGGCCCGCCGCCGGGGGGCCGGGGGGAGCGGCCGGACAGGGCGGCCCCCCUCCACUGUGCCGAGUGCGGCUGGAUGCUGCCCAGCCCCUCGGACCUCCUGGAGCACCGCCGGAGGCACCAGGAGUCCAGGGCCCGCAUCCUGGAGGAGAUCCAGAAGCUGGGGGCCACCGGGGCGGAGAGACUAGAGGAGGUGCAGAGGGUGGAGGAGGGGGGGAUCCCCGUGGGUCUGGACCUCUCCGCAGAGUCCCACCCGGCCACGGGUCCGGUCAAAGAUGUAGACCUGGACGUAGCGGUCAACCCUCCAACGUUGUCUCUGGUUCCAGGAGCCGUUACCGACCCCUCGACCCCCGGGCCUAAACCCGGUCCGGUCCGGACCCCGGCCCGCGCCCGGGCGGCCCCCACCAAGGGCCGGCGCUUCAUCUGCCCCACGUGUAACUUCAGCACCAAGACCUCGCAGGCCAUGGCCAACCACGCCAAGACGCACAACCGCACCAAACCGCCCGCCCGCCGCAAGUCCCAGCGCGCCCCGUACUCCCCCGACACGGACCCCCCCGGCCCGAGCCCCCCCGCCGCCCAGUCGGGGGCCACCUCGUCUUCCACGCAGCACCUCCAUCUCCCGCCUGAGGUGACCCAGACCUCGAGGCCCAUCCUGGACCGGUCCAGGUUCGACCCGGGGCCGACCAAGGAGCUGGUGUUCAAGUGUAUUGGGAACCGGAGAACCAACCGGCGAGAACGGGUCUGGAUCGAAGGGACACGGGCCGGGCCGAGAUCAGAGGGCAGGAGGCGAGGAGGAGUAGGAGGAGAGCUCCGGGCUGUGGCGGAACAGAAGUCUUCUGGGAGGUUGAAGUCUCACACAAGGCCCGCUUUCACACAAGAUGCCUCGGGUUUAACCCAAAGUUCUGCCGCGUCACCUCCUCUGGAGAAGACCGUGAAGGAGGAGGAAGAGGAGGAAGAGGAGGGAGCAGAGCAGAACGGCCGGCUCUCCUUCUUACGGAGGAGGAACCGCCUACUGGCACCCGCUGAGGAGGACAGCGAGGAGGAGGAGGAGGACAUCGACGAGGAGCAGAUGCAGCGCUUCCUGUCGGAGGCCAUCUUGGAGGAAGAGGAGGAGGAGGUGGACGAGGAGACGGGCCGCCCCCGGAGCGUGGAGAGGAGGUGCCCCUACUGCCCCGACCGCUUCCACAACGGCAUCGGGCUGGCCAAUCACGUGAGGGGGCACCUGAACCGCGUGGGCGUCAGCUACAACGUGAGACACUUCAUCUCCGCGGAGGAGGUCAACGCCAUCGAGAAGAAGUUCUCCUACCAGAAGAAGAGGAAGAAAGUGGCUAACUUCGACCCGGACACGUUCAGCGUGAUGCGCUGCGAGUUCUGCGGCGCGGGCUUCGACACGCGGGCGGGGCUGUCCAGCCACGCACGCGCCCACCUCAGGGACUUCGGCAUCCUGAACUGGGACGUGACGGUCUCGCCCAUCAGCAUCCUCAGGGAGAUGUUCUCCUCCCGGCCCGACCUGGUCAUCCCCACCGCCCCGCCCCGCAGCCCCCCCUCUCCCGGACCCCUGGACCCCUGCGGAGACGACGAGGACGACGAAGACGACGAGGAGGAGGAUGAAGAGGAGGAAGAGGAGGAGGAGGAAGAACAGGGACGGGGGAAGAGGGUGAAGUUGGAGGAGGAGUCGGGUGGAGGUGGAGGAGGAGUAGCAGGAGCCAAGGUCGCGAGGAACAAGUUCAGAGUACUGCCCCCGGCCUGGAGCCGAGAGGAGGAGGAGGAGGAGGAGGGAGAACCAGGAGGUCAUGCGGGGGGACUAGAGGCGGACGACGAGACAUUGUUUCGGAUCCCCGGGUCGGACGCGGUGGUCUCCAGCGCUCCAGAGGAGGCAGACGACAAGGCCGCUCCAGACCUGACGUGCCGUGUGUGCAGUCUGCGGUUCGAGACGCGGCGGGGUCUCUCCAGCCACGCCCGCUCCCACCUGCGGCAGCUGGGCGUGUCGGAGGGCAGCGGGGCCCCCAUCAACCUGCUGUACCGGGUCAUCCAGGAGCGCCUGGGGCCCCCGGACCCCGCCGCCCCGGGCCGGGACCCCGACCUCGAGGACGACAUGGACUUCGAGGAGAAGCCCCUCCCACUCUCCAUCCUGGCCAAAAUGGCACCGUCCCCGUCCCCGUCGUCGUCGCUGACCUCGGUGCUCAUGGGGCCCCCGGGGGCCUACCCCCCGCGGCUCCUCUCCUCGGUGGUCCGGAAGGCGCCUGUCUCCUCGCUGCUCCCCGUCUCCUCCCCGCUGCGCUCCCCCGACCACAAGGGCAGCGGGGUCAAGGCUGUGACCUCUCACCUCUCUCUGGCCGGAACCGUCCCCUCCACCAAGCCCUUCUGGGCCCCCCAGGAGUCGGACGCCCCGCUCAACCUCACCCUGGAGGGAGACCCCAGCAAGGACAUCAUCUGCCACCUGUGUGGUGCUUGGUUCGAGACCCGGAAGGGGCUGUCCAGCCACGCCCGGGCCCACCUGCGGCACUUCGGGGUGGAGUACUCGGAGUCCAAGGGCUCCCCCAUCACGCUGCUCAACCAGCUCAUCCACACCGACGACUUCAAGCACAAGGCCAGCGUCCUGCAGGCCACGCCCCCCGGCCCCCAGGGCCCCGCCUCCAAGCGGCCACUCCUCGCCUCCUCGCUCCUCUUCAAGGGGGCGGGGGGGUCCCCCUCCUCCAAAGCUACCUCCAUGUCCUCCUUGCUGGGACCCCCCGCCAAGCGGCCCAAGUCCUCCAUCCAGGUGUUCCGGCUCAGCAGCGGGGAGCUGCUCACUCUUCCUCACAAUGAACCUCCAAAGGAGAUCGGCUGCGAGUUCUGCGGCGAGUUCUUCGAGAACCGUAAGGGCCUGUCGAGCCACGCCCGCUCCCACCUGCGGCAGAUGGGCAUCACGGAGUGGUCGGUGAACGGCUCGCCCAUCGACACGCUGCGGGAGGUCAUCGCCAAGCGGGGGCUCCCCUGUGCACUGCCCCUCAAACCCCGCAAGACCCCGCCCCCGUCCUCUCCCGGCCCCCCCCGCUCCCCGCUGGCGGCGGCCUCCUCCUCGCCGCCUGCCUCCGCCCCCCUGCUGGGCCGUCUUCCCUUCGCCUUCGCCCGGCCCUCCAGCCCCCACCCCCCCGCCGGGUGCCGGACCUCCCGGGCCACGCCCCCCUCGGCCCCGCCCCUCUCCUCCUCCGAGGGCGUGGUCCUGAAGCCCAAGCCGGAGCCGGAGCCGCUGGAGGUCACCAUGCCCGGGGCCGUGGGCGCGUCCGGGGGGCUUCCUGCCGAACCGCUCAACUGCAGCUGGAACAGCAGCGACAACAUGCUGCCCCUUAACCUGGUGGUGUCCCACGAGACGGAGCCCCCGCGGGAGAUCCAGUGCGAGUUCUGCGGCGAGUUCUUCGAGAACCGCAAGGGCCUGUCGAGCCACGCCCGCUCCCACCUGCGGCAGAUGGGCAUCACGGAGUGGUCGGUGAACGGCUCGCCCAUCGACACGCUGCGGGAGGUCAUGACCAAGAGGGGGGACGCCCUGCCCCCCGUCCGGGGGGUGAAGAAGGAGGCGGGGAGGCGGGGUGCGGCCAGCCCCGUCUGGGGGGACCCCCCCGGGGGGCCCGGCAGUUCCGAGGGGCCCGGGGGCCCCGGCUUCCAGCUCACCAAGUUCCGGAAGUCGCCGCUGAGCCUGCUGCACUCCCGGCUCCAGAAGCAGAGUGCGGCGGUGGGGGGGCUGGCCCCGGGGGGGAAGGGCCUCCAGGGGCCCCCCCUGGGCAGCAGGGCCCCGCUGGAGGAGCCGGGGCUGGCCGGGCAGGCGCCCCCACUACUGCCCAAGGCCCUCGCCGCCCUGCCGCCCGGCUUCCUCUUCAAGAGGAAGGGGUCCCCCGACAAACACGGAGCCUCACCCCAGGACGCCAGCUGCGAGCUGUGCGGGUUCUACUUUGAGAACCGGAAGGCGCUGGCCAGCCACGCCCGGGCCCACCUGCGUCAGUUUGGCGUGACGGAGUGGUGCGUGAACGGCUCGCCCAUCGAGACGCUCAGUGCCUGGAUGCGCACGCGGCCGCAGAAGGUCCUGGAGAUGCACCGCAGCUACAUGCAGGUCAACCGCUCCAGCCUGAAGAAGGUACCUCCCCCUCCCUUUAGAAAGGUACAGCAGGGCACAGCCUCCAGCCUCCAGGAGUCUCCAAGUUUUACAUUUGGAAAUGAUUGUCCCAAUAGGGAGGUGAUACAGAAGCUCCUCACCAGCCUGGUUUCAGUGGUUCUCUGUGAGCUGGUGUCUCCCUGGUUCUCUUCCUUAACGCUGGUCUGUUCCUCCUCCUGGCAGAAGAACGUCUCCCCUCUGUCCCCGUCGUCGGACCACCUGAUCUCCAUCCCCGCCCUGAAGCCCUCCUCCUCCUCCACCUCCUCCGGCUCCUCCCCCUGGUCCUCCUUGGCCCCGCCCCGUCUGCCGCGCUCCGACCGCAGCGAAUUCCUGUCCCCACCGCUCCACGCCACGCCCAAGGCGGGGCCCGGGGGCCGCAGCCCCUCCCGCCAGGGACCCAGCCUGCCGCUGCACGCCCAGGUGGCCCGCAGCGAGCUCAACGUGCGCCUGCCCAGAGGUUUUGAGCGGCGGCCCCUGAAGCACCCGUCCCUCCCCGAGGGGGCGGAGAGGGAGAGCGCCCCCAGGCCCCCCCGCUCCGGGACCAUCCCCUCCCUGGUGCCCCACCCCCCAAGCUACCCCCUGGUCAAACUGGUGGGGGCGCUCUACACCCUCAAGUGUCGGUUCUGCGAGGUGGAGUUUCAGGGGCCCCUGUCCAUCCAGGAGGACUGGAUCAGGCACCUCCAGCAGCACAUCAUCAAGAUGAACUACAGCAAGCCUGAUGGGCCCCGGGGCCCUGCCUCCACCGACCCUCCAACGCCCCGGGGCCCCGCUUCCACCGACCCGCCCACACCCAGAGGCCCCGUCUCCACUGACCCGACCACGCCCAAGGGCCCCGCCUCCACUGACCUGGCAACACCCCGGGGCCCCGCCUCCACUGACCCGACCCCUCCCAGGGGCCCCGCCUCCACGGACCCACCCACGCCCCGGGGCUCCGCCUCUUCAGACACUAAGACCCCCAAGGGACCAACGUCAAACGGCCCUGCUCCCCCCAGCGGCCUCUCCUCCCCCCAACCCGCUACACUCCGGGCCCCUGGCUCUACAGACCCUCCCACACACAGAGGGGCCACUGACCCUCCUACACAGCCUCCUGCCUCCACAAACUCUGCUCCCCCUGGGGGGCCCCGGUCCACCCACCCUGCUGUACCAAGGGCUCCUCCACCCCCAAGCCCUCCGGCGGCCCCCCACAGCGCCCAGGCUGAGGGUCUGUCGGCCGGGGCCCCAGCCCAGGAUGAGGAGGGGUCUUCUCCAGAGGAGGGGCCCAUUCCGGACGGGGGCCCCCCCGCUUGUGUUUCUACCUCUUCCACUGCCGCCGCCGUAGCUCCCCCCUCCGACCCCCCCUCACAGAGACCCCCGGCCCAGGGGGUCCCCACCGUCCCCGGCCCUCAGGGGCCGGAGUUCCCAGAGGAGCAGCCCAUGACGGACUCCGCCCCCGCCCCUGCCCCAGGCCCCGCCCCAUAG